GUGUGGCACGACCCCUCGCGCCGACGCUGAUGCCAUGGCGAAUGCGGACCUCAUCCAUAGCUACUGCCAGGUCAUUGGGACAGGAGACGAUGGGAGCAGCCCGUGCCUCAUUGUCUCCGUGGAGAAGGCUCCAAGGUACAGCGGGGGCGAGCCAACGGAAAACAGAAUACUGCGCCGCUACCUGUUCAACGUUGGAGAGGGAACCCAGCGUUUCUGCGGAGAGGCCGGCGUUAAGCUGGCUAAGGUAAACAAGCUCUUCUUGACGGGUACGGGGGCGGAGGAGCAUGCGGGUCUAUCAGGACUGAUACUGACCUUGUCUGCUCUGGGUUCCCCAGCGCUUGAGGUGUUUGGUCCGACUGGAGUCGAUAAACUCGUGGAAGGUCUUCAAGCCUUUGGGCCACGAGUCGGCAGAUGCCCUGCGGUUUCACCCAUGCCUCUCCCUCUUGGUUCCGGCGAAUCGCAGUGCAGCUACGUGCUCGGGGAUGAGCACAUGGAGGUCAGGUGCGGCGUGGUGGACCCUUCACGAGCGCAGUUGUCGAAGACUGUGGUAACGGUCGACUCUUCUUCGUGUGAGAGCUCUAGCAGCAGCAGCAGCAGCAGCGGUGAAGAGAGCAGUAGUGAAGAGAGCAGUAGCGAAGAGAGCAGCAGCGGCGAUGACGACGAUGACAGCUCCAACGAUGAAAGUGGAAGCGAGGGCCACGGGAAGAAGGGCGAGGAACAGGGGGGCAAGCAGAAACACGGCAGAAGCGGCGGUGGUAGCUGUGGCGGUGGUGACGACAUGGUGUCGAACAGACGGAGUGCAGCUGGUGCCAAUAGCCUCACCCCAGCACCUCGCGGCGAGAAAAAGGCAGCGGCAAACGGAUGCGGAGCCAUUGCUAACCCGGGAGCAGGCCACCCAAAGGGUGCGAGAGCGGACCGACACCCGGAAAUACCCGCGGGUAUCCCUGCUCGGGGGCCUGCUGUGCUCUACCGCUGCAGAAUUCUGCACGGAGAAGGGUCUACCUUCCUUGUGCUAUCCUGUCCGAACGUCGCGUACGUUCCGGCCGUCAGGGACCAUGCCAUCGUCAGAGGCGCACGAGGCAAAGACAGUGUCCUGUUCGUUUUUCAUUUAUCCCCAGAGGACGUGGUCGAGAGCGCGGCGUACGCCCCGCUGCUGACCCUCAAGGGCACCCACAUGCUUCUGGGUUGUGGGCGCGAAGGGCGCGGGCGCGGAGCAGGCGGGCUGCAGCACCGCAAGCUGGCGGAGAGGUCUGUCCAGCUGAACUUCGUGGCUCCGCAGGCGUUCCCGCUGCACUCCGCCCUGGUAAAUACGGCGAGGCACGACGGCGCUGAUAGUGUCAGCUCUUGCGAGGAAAUAUGCACCGGGGGAUCAAGGACCGUAGUCGGACACACGCUGACAAAGGCGAUGUUGCUGCCGGUGGCCGCGCGCGGGAUCAACUUGUCCGCCGUAAGACCUCCGGUUGAGGCUGCCGAGAUAUGGGAGGACAUGGAGCAGAGGGUGGAGGAAGCAGGGCUGAGAGACGAAAGGGAUGUAAUUGUGGCAAGGCUCUGGCGGGCUCACGGGCUGAUGAGCGAGAGCGGGCUACCAAGCGGUCUGAUUACAGAGAGCGGGCUGCAGAACGAGUGCCUGAAUCUAGGUACAGAGGAUGGUGAUGAAGAAGAGUACGACGCCGACGCCACGAUGCGGAACGAGCCGGGAGCCUCGGGCUCGGGCUCAGGUACGCAACCAUCGCGACUCUCUUCGUUUCUGCCGCCUCCCCCGCCGCCGCCCCCGUUGUACAGCAACGGUGGUCCUCCCGGAAAGCGAGCACGGACAGGGAACGGCAGUGGACUGCCGGCAUCCCAUCACCCCUCCCAUGGACUACGUUCUCUGCCGCCGCCGCCGCCGCCGCCACCGCCACCGCCACCGCCACCGCCGCCGCAGCGGGCGCCAUUGUUCUCAGGCGGCGGGCUGGGCGGGGCCGAAGUUUUUUUCCUCGGAACGGGAAGCGCAGCACCUACGAAGAACAGGGGCUGUAGCGGCAUCCUGGUUCGGAUCCCGCAGGCUGGGCUGGUUGGCCACAAUGGCUUGGACGCAGAGGGCGCGCCGCUGCGCCUGCUGAUAGACGCCGGCGAGGGCACCCUGGGGCACUUCGAGCGACAGUUCGGGCGGGAAGGGGCGCUGCGAGAGAUCCGGGGGCUCGACUGCGUGUGGAUUUCGCACAAGCACGCCGACCACCACACGGGGCUGUUUCGCCUUAUUGCGGAGCAUCACCGCGCGCGCCAAGCCUCUCGGCCGGCCGGGGGAGGGUCGCGGGAGGCAGCUGCCCCGCUGGUGGUGGUCGCUCCGAGCGCCGUGCUCAGGUUCGUGGAGGCGUGCAAAGAAUUUUCGGGAGAGGACAUAUCGUUUCAAGCAAUGCGCUGCAAGGACCUCGAGCGGGCUUGGCGUUGGCGGGGUGGCAGCGGUACCCGGGCCGGCCCCAGCACGAGACGGGGCAGCAGGCGAGGGGUUUCCGCGUUGCUGAGCGGCAUGCGGUCGGUGCCGGUCAUCCACUGCCGGGAGGCAUACGGCCUCGUCCUGCAGCUGUGGGAGGACGGUGCAAAGCUGGUGUACAGCGGAGACACCAGGCCCUGCGAUCGCCUGGUGAGGGCAGGGAACGGGGCGGCUCUGCUUAUCCACGAAGCCACCUUCGACGACUCGAUGCACCAGGACGCCGUGUCCAAGUUCCACUGCACCACGUCCGAGGCGCUGGAGGUAGGGAGGCGCAUGCGGGCGGGGGAGGUCGUGCUCACCCACUUCUCCCAGAGGUAUCCGCGGGUGCCCGUCUUGGAUACAGAGCGGGCCCAGCACUUCUGCGUCGCUUUCGACGGCAUGGUCCUGAACGGCAACACGGUCGGCGUGCUUCCCGCGGCUGCGAACCUGCUCAGCCAAGUCUUAGAGCCUAAAGCCGAGGACGGCGAUGACGCGAAAGAAGAGAUAGUGCCUUCGUGAGACAUGGAGUUGUCGUAUCGGUCUCUCGUGUUCUGUUGCGGGAGGGUAC